AUGAUGUCUGCAUUGCUGCAAUCAUCCCGCCGUGCACUGGCAGUGGCCGCCCAGCGUGGCUCCCAGGUGCGCACCGAAAUGACUCGGGCUGUGGUGCUUGAGGAGAAGAACGUCCUUCGUCUCCGAGACAUUGAUGUCGACGAGCCCUUCACGGCCGAUGACGUUCGCAUCGACAUUCACAGCGUCGGCAUCUGCGGCUCGGAUGUCCAUUACUAUGAGUUGAAGCAGCCCAUGAUCCUCGGCCACGAGGCUUCAGGCCUCGUGACGCAGGUCGGCGAGAAUGUGACCCACCUCAAGGUCGGCGACCGCGUCUGCAUGGAGCCUGGCGUCCCCCUGCCCAACAGCCCCAGCGUCUUGCGCGGCCAGUACAAUCUCUGCCGUGGCCUGCGCUUCUGGGCCACCCCACCCCCGGCAUACGCCACCAACCUUACAAACGACCCUUCCUGGGGCGCUGGCCACGGUUGCCUCCGCGCCUCGGUCGUUCAUCCCGGGGCCUUCACCUUCAAGCUCCCCGACAACGUCAGCCUGGACUGGGGUGCCAUGGUGGAGCCCCUCGCCGUCGGUGUGCACUCGUGCACCAAGGCCCACAUCCGGCCUGGGGACGUGGCCGUCGUCAGCGGCGCUGGCCCCAUUGGCAUGCUCACCACCAUGGCCGCCCUUGCCUCGGGCGCCUCGCAUGUUUACGUCAUUGAUCUCAAUCCUCGCAAGUGCCAGGUAGCCGAGAGCCUUGUGCCUGGCUGCGUGACUGGCGUUCACAUUGGUGCUGUGGAUCCCGUACAAGCCAUCCUGGAGGCAACCAACGGCCGCGGUGCCGACGUCAUCUUUGAGUGUGCUGGCAACCACAAAUCAGCCCAGCUCACGACCAAAUAUGCCGCCAAUGGUGCUCGCAUCAUGCUCAUUGGCUGCCCUCCCACCAACCCAGUGCUCGACGUCGGGGACAUGCAAGUGAAGGAACUGAGCGUGCAAGGUGUCUUCCGCUACGCCAACGUUUACCCGCAGGCCAUUGCUCUCCUGGGUAGCGGCAAGAUUCCCCUCGACUCGAUCAUUACCGAUCACUUCAACUUUGAUGACUCUGUCAAGGCCUUUGACUACAUGGUCAAGCCCGAUGACCAUACCAUCAAGUCGGUCAUUCACGUCAAGUCGGAGUGA